AUGAAAUGGAAAUCAGUAGAUGUGCCUUCUCUUAACCAUGAUAUCGCUAUGUCGGAAUUAUGCACGAAUCCUCCAAACGAUCUAGAUGAAUUGGUUGCUUGUUAUAAUAACACUUUGAAGGCACAUUUCGAUAAAUAUGCACCACCUAAAACAAAAACGAUAACAGUAAGAGCGCGGGUGCCUUGGUUUAAUGAACAGCUUAGAAAAGCAAAGCGUGAAAGAUGGAAUGCAGAGAGGAAAUGGAGAGUGUCUAAGUCAGAUGUAGACUUUGUUAAUUUCAAAGGCAAGCGAAACUUAGUUAACAGACUCAUGUGUAAAGCGCGUACAGAAUAUUAUACAAGUUUCAUUGAGGAGAACAGUGGUGAUCAGAAAAAAUUGUUUAAUGCAAGUAAACGCCUGUUUGGUCAACAUCAUGAUGAUGGUCUUUCCCCUAAUUUAAACUGUGAAGCUUUUGUUAGUGACAUCGGAAAGUAUUUUGUACAAAAGAUUGGAAACAUACGGAGAAAACUAGAUAAUAACAAGGUGCAUGCCUCAUCUAGAUAUUUGCAGAAUACUUCUGUUCCACAUGCCGUUGAGGAGUCCGUGCCAAAGUUUUCGGAGUUUAUCGCCCUUACUGAACUUGAUGUAAAAACUCUAAUUGGUCGUGCUGCAUUGAAGACCUGUAAUUUAGAUCCAAUGCCAUCAAAGUUGGUUUCCUAGUGUGAUGCAUUGUUUCCCAUCAUAACACGAAUUAUCAACCUCUCUUUACAAACUGGCCAGUUUCCACAGUUAUGGAAAGAGGCACAUGUCCAUCCACUCCUAAAAAAGCUGGGUUUGGAAGCCAUUUUCAAGAAUUUUAGACCGAUAUCCAAUCUACCAUUUGUGUCUAAACUUGCAGAGAGAGCUGUGUUUGAACAGAUGCAUGUUCAUAUGGUAGAUCAUGAUUUGUAUCCACCAGGACAGUCAUCAUAUCGGAAAAACCACAGUAAUGAAACUGCGCUGCUGAAGGUGAAAAAUGACUUACUGAUGAACAUGAACAAACAACAUGUUUCACUCCUUGUUUUUCUGGACAUGAGUGCGGCCUUUGACACAGUAGAUCACGGUAUUAUGAUAGAGCGUUUAUCAUCUAAACUAGGAUUUUCCGGUACAGUAAUCAGUUGGUUCCAGUCAUACCUAUGCAGGGGAUCUCAGCGUGUCACUGUUCAUGGUACUGUCUCUGAUAGGUUUGAUGUGGCCUAUGGCGUUCCUCAGGGAUCUUGUUUAGGACCUCUAUUGUUUACAAUUUAUGUGAGUAAACUGUUUGAUAUCGUUCAGAGGCACUUACCAGAUGUUCAUUGCUAUGCCGAUGAUUCGCAGUUGUAUGUUGCAUUUAGACCUAAAGUCGAAUCUGAGCAAUCGGAUGCUGUCACAGCAAUGGAACGAUGCAUUGAAGACAUUAGGAAAUGGAUGAGUGAAGACAAGUUGCUUUUGAAUGAUGAAAAGACCGAGUUCCUCCUUAUCGGAACUAAACAACAACUCGCCAAGGUUAACCUCGAUCACAUUACAGUUGGAACCACUGAUAUUGCUCCUCAACCUGUUGCCAAAAAUCUCGGGGUAUGGAUGGACUCUAACCUUACCAUGAGUACACACAUUUUAAGAACUAGUUCCUCUGGGUUUUAUUUCUUAUAUAACAUAAGACGUAUCAGAAAAUAUCUUACCAGAGAAUUGACUGAGACAUUAAUACAUGCAUUCAUAUCAAGUCGUUUGGACUAUUGCAACAGUUUGUUGUAUGGACUACCCAAUUGUCAGCUGGCUAAGUUACAAAGAGUGCAAAAUGCUGCUGCACGUCUAAUAUUUCAGGAAUCGAAGUAUUGUCGAAUUACACUCUUGAAGAACUUACAUUGGCUACCCGUCAAAUAUCGUAUUAACUUUAAAGUACUUUUACUUACGUUCAAAGCCAUUCAUGGAAUGGCUCCACAGUAUCUAAGUAACCUUAUUAGUCUCAAGAAAUCUAAUAGAUACAGUCUUCGUUCUAGCAAUACUUUAUUACUUAGCACUCCAUCCCUCAAGUCAUUUAA